UUCAGAGUGAAAGAGGAAGAGGGGAUAGAGGCUGUCACAGUGGAGGAAGAGGAGGUAGAAGCUUUCAGAAUGAAAAAGGAGGAAGUGGAGGCCAUAACACUGAAAGAUGAAGAAGAUGAUGUUAUAGAGAAAGAACCUUUUGGAGAGGAAGAGGAUGCUAUGUUAAGAAAAGAGGAGGAGGAAGACGUUUUGGGAGAGGAGGAGGAGACUGAAGAUCUGAUUAACACCAGAGAGAGACCAGACUCUGACAGCGGGAAGAGUCCUUCAAAGGAACCAGACCCAGAAAUGUCCAAACCAGCAGGACAACACCACUGUUCCCACUGUGCAAAGAGUUUUACCAAGUUACAGAACCUAAAAGUGCACGAGAGGACACACAGAGGAGAAAAGCCUUUCCACUGCUCUCAGUGUGGAAAGAGGUUUACCCGUUUAGAGAACCUGAAACAGCAUGAUAGAAUACACAGAGGGGAGAAGCCUUACCAUUGUUCCCAUUGUGAAAAGAGCUUUAGGUCGUUAGGCACCCUGACAACGCAUGUGAGAAUACACACAGGAGAGAUGCCUUACCACUGUUCCCACUGUGGAGAGAGUUUUAGAUGGUUAGGGAGCCUGAAAACGCAUGAGAGGACACACAACCAAGAAAAGCCCUACCAAUGCUCCCAGUGUGGAAAGAGAUUUACCGAGUUAUGGUACCUGAAAAUACAUAAUAGAAUACACACAGGAGAAAGGCCUUACCACUGUUCCCACUGUGGAAAGAGCUUUAGUAGGUUAAUGAACCUGAAACAGCAUGAGAGAAUACACACAGGAGAGAAGCCUUACCAAUGUGCCUUGUGUGGAAAGAGUUUUACCCAGUUAGGGAACCUAAAAGAGCAUGAGAGAAUGCACACAGGAGAGAAGCCCUACCAAUGCUCCCUGUGUGAAAUAAGAUUUACCCGGUUACGGAACCUGAAAGAGCAUGAAAGAAUACAUACAAAUACACAGGAGGAGAAGACAUACCACUGCUCUCAUUGUGGAAAGACAUUUUCCCAGUCAGAGGACCUGAAAUCACAUGAGAGAAUAGAGAGGCUGUGUUCUGACUUAUGUUUUUGACUGAGAGUUUGUGUUUUUGUAUAUGUCACAUGUAAAUAAAAUCAUAUAUAAAAUCA